UCUUUAGGGUUAGGGUUUUCCUUCACGAGAAAAGUCGUUAUGUUCAUCAGAUCACUAGUUUUUAGUAACUUUUUGUAUGCAUACAAAAUUCUUCAACUUUAUGGGAAAAGGUGCUUUCUAGAAUAAUGGGUGUGGGAAGCCUACACUACGAAGGAAGAGAACCCUAAAGAUGGGAGGAGGGCAGUGUAAAAACAGAAAAUGUGUAUCCUGGUGUACAUGCAUGGAGGAACAAGGAUGCAGCAAUACCUUUUAACCAUUCCCAUUAGGCUUUUUUCCUUUGGAAUCCAUGACUUUUUCUUCCCCUUUAAGCUAAUUCACUGAUAAGGAGGUGGAGUUCAAUAAAUGAAUGGUAUAUAUAUGAACAUUUCGCAAAAGGAAACCGAGUGAUGUUUCUAGAUAUUAGCGGAUGGUACUGAGAAAACUUUUUCUUGCGAGGAUCUGGUUCCACACUAGUCUUUCCCCCAUUUUGCACUGUCUCAGCUAGGAAAACGUACAGUCCCUCUAAACAUGCUGAGCUUUACACAUAUAUGGCCGUACAAGAUAUAAAGCAGAGACUUUAUGAAUAAACCCUUGUGGAGAAAUGGCAAAUAGAGAUUGGGAAAGUUUUCAGUUGCAUGCAUUAUCAUCAGCUCCUUUGGCUAUCCCUCAAAAGAAUAUUCAUAUGCCAAGACCAGUUUAUAUGCAUGUAUGCUUCUCGGAAGUUUCAAUAUAUAGGCAUGCACAUUACAACAAAUUUGGGUUUUAAGUACAUUUCUCUAGGCAUUGAAAUCUUAAAAAUUAUAUAUAGUUAUUUAAAUUUUUAAUUACAGUUUUUACUAGUGUAGUUAAUCUCUAUAGUUAUAUUUUAUUUAUGAUGUUAUUAAAAUUUUGUAUAGUAUAAUCAAAUUUAUAAAAUAUGUUAUUGAAAUUUUUUUAAUGGUGCAUUUUAAAUUGCACAAUUCUAAUCAAAUUUGUCAUAGUGGUACCGGCAUUUCCUAGAAAAUUAAAAAAGAGAAUAAAUCUACGAAUUCCACUAGUAAACUUUGGUAUUUAACCUAAGUAACUACAGCAGGCCUCUGGCGACAAUUGAAACCGACCGACCAAGACAGCAAGAGGAGCUUAUCUAUUUCCUACCUUGACUAGCUAGGAUGACUCCUUAAGGACUUGAGUUCAUUGAUAUAUGCAAGAAUGCUGCCUCGAGUAUUGUUGGUGUAAACAACAUGAAAACAAAGACUCACAAAUUUGUCUAUGGAACCAUAUACACGAGAGUGAUGAGGACAGAGAUCUAAAUGUCAUGCAUUAGCUGGGGGUGAACCAUCUUUGGAAACAAGAUUUACAUUGACAAAACAUGUAAGACUUUGAAGAUAAGAUGCGUGAAAGAAUGAUCAACUUUUCCCGAAAUUGUCUUGUCAGUAUCUUCAUCUAAGGUGGAUCCCGUUUUGGAAGAAUUUUGCAUGCAACAGCUGGCUUGGAAAUGUAGAUCCUGCAUUUCCAUUUCUAUACGUUCUUCAUUCUUUUGAGCAAUUUGGGAAAUUAACUUUGCAUUGAUCAUUCACAUUGAUCCACAAAGCAAAACGUUCUGAGGGGGUUCAAAGAUUGUAGUUGAACCUCCAUGUGCAUGAAAAGAAUGAGAGGUGGGCAGUCCAUGUGAGUGUGACAUGAUCUGCAGAAACUGGCGGUCCAACAGAAGAAGUUGUACUAUGGCUUUGGAAAGAAGAUAUCUGUAGUGUAAACAUGGGUAGGUUACCAGUUCACUCAACGUCACGAAGAAGAAGAGGGGAUAAAGAUUGUUUGUAUUUUUCCCCUCCUAACCCAUGGUAUGAACAUUUCCUUCAUUGGUGGGGUGAAGAGGGGGUUUGCUCAAGCAUUGCUGGAAAGUGGAAAGUUCAAAAGAUGGAAAAGCUUACACUUGUUUUUUUCCUAAGAAAAAAAGAAAGAUAGAGUUGCUGUUGACAUCACAAUCUUUCUUAAAAAAAAAAAACCCAAAAAAAAAAAAAAGGAAGAAGAAGAAGAAGCUCUCAUAGUUAUCUUCAACAAUAAUAAUAAUUAGACUGAUCAAAUGCCUUUAUAGAAAUGAUAUCCAUCAGCUGUCUUACAUCUAUGCUGCAAAGUUAGGUCAGGUCACUUUCCUAGAUUUAUAUGAGAUUCUUAGCUUAAUUCAAUUAAGAAAUUGUUUUUGGUUUAAAUAAAAUAUCAGAAAGCCAUACAAAAUUAAUUUCUAUACUAUGACCUAAUUGAGAAAUAAUCUUGAAAAUAUUCUUUCUAUAUAAUUUUAGCACCUACUUAGUUGGUACAUUCAAAGUGAAACAGGAAGCUGAUAUUUCAACUAUAUGAUAAUACAUUAAAAAGCAUAUUGGGUGUAGAUGCAAAUUAAUCAGGAAAAUGAGAGAGAAAAAGCUUACAAUUAUAAGCCUAAUCAAGCCUAUAUAUGUCCGGCCAGAAAUGAACUAAACAACCAAGAGUGUUUAUAUGGUGAAUCGAUCAUCCCUAUCCCCCCCUUUUUUUUUUGGGCCUCAUCUUCCUUAACCCUAAUUCUUUUUCCGAGAAAAUUAGCUUCGAGAGAAAAAUUUGAAUGCAAAUAUUAUCGGAGAAAAAAUAUGAUUAGAAAUUAGGUUAUGUCUCCAUGAACUAAUUUCGAUAAAUUGACCGAAAAGGAUGGAUAAGUAUACGUAAAGUAAUGAAGGCAUCCGGGGAGGGCAUUAUGUUUAUGUAGAUGAGGUUCAAAAUCAAAAUCUUGUCAUUCAAUUUAAAAAGAAAUAAUAAUUGAGAAGAAUAAAGUUGUCUUUGUUGAAUUUGGAGCACAUAGAUUCUGUGCUAGAAUUGUCCGAGGAUCAAUUUUCAGGAUCAAAAGGUGAGCAACACUUCAUGGGCGGCGUUGUGUAGUGUUCUGUAGGACCUUUCUCUUGUUGGACCUCCUGCAAGUCCUGCUUUUGUGGACAUGAAUGGGGCCUGAAAAGCAAGAAACAACUUUUCCGUAAGGAUGUAAACCAGUUUUGAAAAAAAAAAAGAGGGCCAAGUGCAUCAAUUCCUGUGUUUUGGAUCAGUCCUUUCAAUACAACAGCCGAAGCUCACCCAAAUUUUAACAGGAAAGUACCAAUUAAAAUCUCAAGAAGAUAUGAUUACAAUGUUUGAUAUACAAAUAUUUUACCGAAAAUAUGAUGGAAUUAAUUAACCUUCUCACUUCGCACACAGUGGUAGGGUAUCCAAACCACCAAUAGGCACUAACCACUCUCUCUGUCAGCAAAAAUACAACAAUGGCAGAUUGCACUCUUUCUGUUAUCCUUCAAAAGCUUCAAGCAGCACAUGGCGUUCGGUAUAUAUGCGUUUCUCAUGACGAGACAUAAACUUGACCUAUUCCAUGGCUUGACUGCUUCUUCACUUAACCACCCCAUCGGCUUGGAAGCUCUCCAUUGCUCCCUUACUCUCAAACAACAAUCUUAUAUAAAGAAAUCAUCUUCACUUACAGUUCCACCAUCUAUAGAGUAGAAGAUGGCCAAGCACUUAGCUUUCUGUUUGGUGAUGCUGAAGCUUUCCAUCGCAUUUGCUAAUGUGCCAAACACCCUGAACGAAACAUGUCUCGAUGACAUUGAUAUCGUGCUGCAGAUUAACUUGUAUAAGAACAGCUGCCCAGAUGCAGAACCCAUCAUCUUCUCUUGGGUUCAAAAUGCGGUAUCCCAGGACUCCAGGAUGGCAGCUUCGCUGCUUCGUCUUCAUUUCCAUGAUUGCUUUGUUAAUGGCUGUGAUGCUUCAGUGUUAUUGGAUGAUACUGAGGAUUUCAUCGGUGAGAAAACUGCACCACCAAACUUGAAUUCUCUGAGGGGGUUCGAAGUGAUCGAUGCCAUUAAAGCUGAGCUUGAGUCUGUUUGCCCUGGAACUGUUUCUUGUGCUGAUAUUCUUGCAACGGUUGCCAGGGACUCCGUCGUUCUAGCAGGGGGUCCUAGUUGGGAAGUCGAGAUGGGCAGGAAGGACAGCUUGGUUGCUAGCAAAGCAGCAGCCAUAAACAACAUUCCAGGCCCAAAUUCCACCGUGCCAACACUGGUUGCCAAGUUUCAGAACGUUGGGCUCUCGUUCAAUGACAUGGUUGCCCUCUCCGGUGCACACACAAUGGGAAUGGCUCGAUGCUCCACGUUCAGCUCAAGACUUCACGGCUUAAACGGUCCAGACAUCAAUCUGGAUUUCCUCGAAACUCUGCAGCAGUUGUGCUCGGAAUCAGACAGCAACACCAAGCUUGCACAUCUCGAUCUAGCGACCCCAGCAACAUUCGACAACCAGUACUACGUUAACCUUCUUUCUGGUGAGGGAUUGCUACCGUCCGACCAGGCCUUAGUCACUCAGGAUUACCAAACUCGCCAGCUUGUACUCUCCUAUGCUGAGGACCCUUUGGCUUUCUUCGAGGAUUUCAAGAAUUCUAUGUUGAAAAUGGGAAGCUUAGGGGCACUAACUGGGAAUGAAGGCGAGAUUCGUAGGAAUUGCAGGAUCGUGAACUAAUGAACUUCGAUUGCCUAGAAAGUUAUGGUAGUUAGGCUUCUA